UUCUCAUUGCAACUUUUGCAGGGUCUCUACAGUCAUGUUAUACUCUAGCUCAAGUCAACCUGCAAUUUGGCUCAACAUUUGAGCUAAAAACAAUUCACAAUCCGCGGGGUUGUGUUGCAGAAAUCUUCCUUUAUAAUUUUCCCGUGGACUGAGCACGAAUUUGGAACCCUGGAUGGGAUUUUAGACAUGUUUUCUCACUAAUAAACUGGGCUAGUAAUGCAGGAGACAGAGACUCUGUCAGUGGCUCAAGAUGGCAGAUUUUUAUUGAGUUCUGAACAGAUAUCUUGCUUUAUUUUCUGCCAUGAAUAACAGAAGUCCUUGCACCGAUGGCCCCUGUGUACGAAGGUAUGGCCUCGCAAGUGCAAGUCUUGUCCCCUCACACUCUCCAGUCAAGUGCCUUCUUUAGCGUGAAGAAGCUGAAGGUGGAGCAGAGUUCAUACUGGGAUAUGACAGGGUACGGCACACACAGCAAAGUCGUCUACAACCAGAACAGCAAGCAGCAAUUGUCCCAAGCCACCUCUCUGGGAAUCAAUUCCUCUCUGCCCUACGAGCAGCCUGCGCUCAUCUUCCCGGCGAGUGCAGGGAAAAUUGUGGUUGCCUCGGCCAGCAGUACCUCAGGCACUGCAGGGCCUCUGGGGCCUCUGUUGAGCUUGGGCGGUAGCGGUAGUGGUAGCGGCGGUGGAGGCAGUAGCAGUAGCGGAGGAGGAAGCGGUGGAGCAGUCCACAACCUGACCCGUCGCAGCACCGUCAGCCUGCUCGACACCUACCAGCGAUGCGGGCUUAAGCGCAAGAGUGAGGAGCUCGACAACAGCAACAGCAGCGUGACGAUCAUCGAGGAGCACGGCGGCAGCACAACGAUGAUCCAGAACGCAGCCAGCGGGGCCACAGUGGCCAUCGCCACGGCAACGGCCACAUCGACAGCCACCUCCAAGAACAGUGGUUCCAACAAUGAAGGGGACUACCAGUUGGUGCAGCACGAGGUGGUCUGCUCCAUGACCAACACCUACGAGGUGCUAGAGUUCUUGGGCAGAGGCACCUUUGGCCAAGUGGUCAAGUGCUGGAAGAGGGGCACCAACGAGAUUGUGGCCAUCAAGAUCCUGAAGAACCACCCAUCGUACGCGCGCCAGGGCCAGAUCGAGGUGAGCAUCCUGGCCCGGUUGAGCACAGAGAGUGCAGACGACUUCAACUUUGUGCGUGCCUACGAGUGCUUCCAGCACAAGAACCACACGUGCCUGGUGUUCGAGAUGCUGGAGCAGAACCUGUACGACUUCCUCAAGCAGAACAAGUUCAGUCCACUGCCGUUGAAGUACAUUAGGCCAGUCUUACAGCAGGUGGCCACAGCCCUGAUGAAGCUCAAGAGCCUGGGCCUGAUCCACGCUGACCUGAAGCCAGAGAACAUCAUGUUGGUGGACCCCUCCAGGCAGCCCUACCGAGUCAAGGUCAUUGACUUUGGCUCGGCCAGCCACGUGUCCAAAGCUGUGUGCUCCACCUACCUGCAGUCCAGAUACUAUAGAGCUCCGGAGAUCAUCCUGGGCCUGCCCUUCUGUGAGGCCAUCGACAUGUGGUCCCUGGGCUGUGUCAUCGCUGAGCUCUUCCUAGGCUGGCCCCUCUACCCAGGGGCCUCCGAGUAUGACCAGAUCCGAUACAUCUCUCAGACACAGGGGCUGCCUGCGGAGUACCUCCUGAGUGCAGGGACUAAGACUACCAGAUUCUUCAACAGAGACACAGACUCCACCAACUACCCCCUGUGGAGGCUGAAGACACCAGAGGACCAUGAGGGAGAGACGGUGAUCAAGUCCAAGGAGGCCCGGAAGUACAUCUUUAACUGCCUGGAUGAUAUGGCUCAGGUUCAGAGCACUGUGAAUAUGACAUCAGAUUUGGAGGGCAGUGACAUGCUGGCGGAGAAGGCAGACCGUAGAGAGUUCAUCGACUUGUUGACCAAGAUGCUUACGAUCGACGCGGACAAACGGAUCACCCCCAUCGAGACCCUCAAUCACCCAUUCGUAACCAUGACCCACCUCCUUGACUUCCCCCACAGCACACAUGUCAAGUCCUGCUUCCAGAACAUGGACAUCUGUAAGCGUCGUGUGGGCAUGUACGACACGGUCAACCAGAGCAAGACCCCUUUCAUCACCCACGUGGCCCCCAGCACCUCUACCAACCUUACCAUGACCUUCAACAACCAGCUCAACACUGUGCACAACCAGGCCACCAACCUGGCUCCCUCCACCACCAGUACCACCCUUUCCCUUGGCAACCCCGAUAUCUCCAUAUUAAACUACCCAUCUGCACUCUACCAGCCCUCAGCGGUGGCACAGAGGAGCAUGCAUCCUGUGGCCCCUCAGCUCUGUGCUGCCCGGCCUGACCCCUUCCAGCAGGCCCUCAUCGUCUGCCAACCUGGCUUCCAAGGUAUGCAGGCCUCCCCGUCCAAACACACGGGCUACUCUGUGCGGAUGGAUAACGCCGUUCCCAUAGUGACGCAGGCCCCCGGCACCCAGCCCCUGCAGAUCCAGCCAGGGCUGUUGACACAGCAGGCCUGGCCCAAUGGCACCCAGCAGAUCCUCCUCCCCCCCGCCUGGCAGCAGCUCACCCACACCUCAGUCCAGCACGCCACCGUCAUCCCUGACUCCAUGAUGGCCUCCCAGCCCCUGGCUAACUGGAGGAAUUCUCACCCACACGGCGGCCAUUACAAUCCCAUCAUGCAACAGCCGGCACUGCUGGCUGGCCACGUCACCCUCCCAUCCAACCACAACCAGCCACUCAAUGUGGGCGUGGCCCAUGUGAUGAGGCAACCGUCAACCAAUAACAACAACUCCUCUUCCAAAAAGAACAAGCAGCAUCAGAUCACUGCCAGGAACGUGUCUGCGUACGAGGUGUCCUCCUCCCAGGCGGUACAAUCACCACAGCGCUCCAAGCGGCUGAAGGAGAACACCCCUCCACGUUGUGCUGUGCUUCAGAACAACGGCCCUUCCUCCAGCUCCAGCUGCGGACCCCCCCUGGGCUGUGGAGGGUGGGGACGGGGCGAGGCAGAGCAGGCCUCUAGCACCACCAGGGAUCACCAUCAGCACCACAACGGGCAGCGUCAGACCAUCAUCAUCCCUGAUACGCCCAGCCCUGCCGUCAGCAUCAUCACCAUCAGCAGUGACACGGACGAGGAGGAUGAUCACAAGAAUAGCAACACCAACCAUACUAGGUACAGCUCAUUCAGGCAGAGGAAGAACGUCAUCAGCUGUGUCACAGUACACGACUCCCCCGACUCUGACUCAUCCAGUAACAACAGUCCCUAUGCAGUAGAGUCCAGGCAGCCCAACAACAACGGCUACCAUGACUCCAAGACCACCCUGCUGGACAACUACAGCAACGGAAACAACCUUCGCUCCAUCAUCAUCCCCCCUCUGAAGAGCCAGUCCAGCAAGGUGCUGAGCGAGUGUGAGCGCCUGAUGCCAGGUACCUACACAGAUAUCUACACAGAUGCAAUGAAUCAUCAGAAUUCGGCAUACAAGUUCAAAACCUCCAACGGUGCGGGCAUGGUGUCUGGCAACAACCACCUGUCAGGGGGCGUGGCUUACCGACAGCAGCGCUCGGGGCCAAACCCCUUCCAGCAGCAGCAGCCUCUCAAUCUCAGCCAGGUAUGGAGAGAGAGCCAAGCCCAGCAUCACAUGGUAACAGAGCGGAACGGAGGCCACCGGCACCAGCAGGCUUACAUCACCCCAACCAUCGCAGCCCAGGCCCCCUACUCCUUCCAGCACCACAACAGCCCCUCUCACACUGCCAACGUUCACACCCACCUGUCUGCCACCCACCUGGCUGCCACCCACCUGCCCGGCCAGCCCCACCUCUACACCUACACUGCCACGCCCGCAGCACUGGGCUCCACGGGCACUGUGGCCCACCUGGUGGCAACCCCGGGCUCUGCCCGCCACACGGUCCAGCACAGCACAUACCACACACCGGGCAUUGUUCACCAGGUACCCGUCAGCAUGGGGCACCACGUGCUGCCCUCACCGACCCUGCACCACAGCCAGUACCAGGCUCAGUUUGCUCACCAGACGUACAUCAGCGCCUCGCCUGCCUCCACUGUCUACACUGGAUACCCACUGAGCCCCACCAAGGUGAACCAGUACCCUUACCUCUAGAGCCAAGCCAACACACUGGAGACCCAGACCCCCAGAUCCAGAUCCCAGCAAUGCUGCUGCUGCUCACUCCAUGUCCUCCCUCCCCAUCCCCACUCCACAGACAGAGAGAUAGAGAGAGAGACAUGCAAUCUUCAUAAAACUGUCACGUUUACUUGAAGACAUAAUGACAGAGAGGAAAAAGGUAAAUAAAUAGACAGAAAGGAGAGGUGGAAUUUCUAUUAUUACUUUUCUUUUCCCCAAAAAAUCUCCAAAAGGGCCAGUUUUGCUUUGUUUUCUCUCUUAGUUAUAUUUCUACUUUCAAAUGAGAGUAAUUUCUCAUUAUCUUACAGCAAGGUCUUCAUAACGGGCCUUUGGGAGAGGUGGAGGCUUUUUGUUCUCCUAAAACAGCUUUUUGUUUCUUUUUGUUUUCCCAUCUUGAAUUGGAAAGGGACUGUUUUAACAAGGGGUCCCUCUCUGGAUGUUGGAAUUCCCAUCAUAAGAAUUCCCAAGAAUUCCCGUGAGGAUUUGGGAAUGGAGGUGAAAUACGGAAACCUGCUGCUCUUCAAAGAAUACAACAAAUAAUGAUGGCCUUGAACUGUCUUAAACAUUUCCAAAUCAUUCAAUGUGUGGGGGAGAGAGAACAAAGCAUCCCUCCACAUCCCACACCCAUCCUUCUCCAACAGACAACUGGAGUCAGGAGUCUUCUGGAAAUAUAAUCAACAAAAGACACAAGAAAAGAAGGUAUUUUCCCUUUGUUUUUUAGUUCUCACCUUUUUGAGAAUACUUAUGUUUUAGCUAUAGGAGUUGUAGCUGAGCCCUGUUUUUAGAAUGUAGCAGUCUGCACCCAGAUUAUUUUAUCAAUAACUUUUUCUGAUACCAAUAGAAUUGAUUUGUUCCUCUUCUUUCAUUGUGAUUGCACAAAGUGGUUAUAAUAACAUAGGCAUGUACAACGUGAUUGUCUGUGUGUGCGUGUGCUACUGUCAGCCAUGUGUGUGUAGUCCACCUAUUGCACCUUUGUGCUAUAAUACUUGGAAUCCUCCGCAGUCUUAGGUUUGACCAUUGUUCCCUCGUAGUGCCUUACAGAUAUAACCACACAGUUUACGUCGCUGGAACCUUGAGAACCAACAGACUAGCUGGAACUGGUUCCUUUCUUUGACGUCUUAUUGUCGGGGCAGAUUUGAUUUCUCUUCCAGGUGUAGGCUUAGCCCCUAGCUCUGUGUCCUAUCCUUAUGACAGUAUACUACAGCCAUAAGAGGUUAGAGUUCAUAUUUAACUGACCUGUGGCUUUUUUGUAAAGUGUACAUGAGUUUAACUUGCCUGGGGUACUGAACCAAAGUCGUUAGAUCAAUCCUCUUUACAUUGUGUGCUGGAUAUACAUUUGAAUUUGUGUACAGUAUAACUGUAAGUCACCGUGGCGCACAUACAUACAAUGGCUUUAGUUUGAGAUGUGUUACUUUUAUAUCACACAAGGGAGUCGGUGCCCAGGAAUAAUAGAACAGAGAAGUAUCAGCACAAGGAUCCGAUUAGGGGUAAUGGAAAAAGCAAAAAUACAAGAAAGUGACUGUCAAAAACAUUUAUGUGGUGAGUUCAUUUGACACAUCAAUAGUCCAGAGUUCGAGAAAAAAUAGGAAUCUGAGGUUAAACGCUAAGCCAGUAGAAAGGCCUGAUGGGAAGUGGUGGUUGCUAUGGCGGCAAUUUUCAGAAGGCCACCGAGAGAGAGCCUGGUUGUUUGCAGUAGGGAAGCAGAGUAUUGAGGACUGUUGAGAGAGGUUGCUCGGUAGGAGUAAGACCUGGGUUCAAAUACUAUUUGAAAUCUUUUAAAUAAUUCUAACGUUUGCUUUAGAAUGCCUGCAGUGCCAGAUGGGCGGCGUGUGCAGUUUUUCAACUAUUGCAUUGCGCCAGGCAAACUCAAUCAAGCCCAGCUAAAGUAUUAGAAAUUAUUUUGAAUAGUAUUUCAACCCAGGUCUGGCAAGAGUGAGUGAGUGAGUGAGUGAGUGAGUGAGUGAGUGAGUGAGUGAGUGAGUGAGUGACUAGUAGAAAUAGAAAGCAUUUGGUUGGUCUGGGUAGGAACUGAGAAUGGCAGAGUGGUAGUGUGGCAUUCCUCAUGUAAAUGGGACUAAAAGAAUAGCAUGUUGGCAUGGAGCAGGUUGGUAGUAACAGUGACGGUGGGCAGGAGUUACAGGAGCACUGCAUGAAUGCACACCUAACUCUGAUACAAGUUGGUGUAUUGUUGUAGUGGUUUUGUAUAGAUAAAUGGAAGUUAUUUAGUCAUUUCUACCGUGAGGGUUCUGUAGCACCUCUCCACAUAGAGAGAGACGUGAACGGAACAGAAAUGCUACUGCGUACACCUGGAAGGGCUUACUAUGAAAUGGUCUUCAUUUGUUGACACUGUAUCCAUUUUGUCUUCGGAAUCAUGUGUUCACAGAUAGCAUACCACCAGAAAGGGAUACCUAAUAUUAAGAGAACUGAUUGGGCUAUUGCUUCUAUGUGUUUGCUGCUUCAUUUAAUAUCAGUUGUAUUUCUCGUAGCCAAUGAUAUAUGAUUACUAUGUUUGUUGUAGUGUCCUCAUGAAGUAGGCACAUCAUAAAUACUUGUGGUUUUAGUGAGAGCCUUCCCCCUUAUCCCUUCAUGUCAUGCCAUAGUACUUGCAUUUUAAGUGAUUAUUUUAUUUCUACGUUAUUAUUGAACUUUUUAAAUGUAUGUAGGUACAGUAUAAACUGUAUUGUGUUAUUUUACAGAUUGUUGCAAUAAUUCUUGUGGAUGUUUUUAUCAGUGAUUUGUUAUUAGGCUCAUUUCUAAGUUGAUUUGUAACUGGGAGUUGCUGUACAGUGAUGUUAUGUAUUCAUAAGAGGGGUGUAUACCUGUGUAAAGUGUUCAGGCACCGUUGACAAUAAUAAAGUUAUAAAGUUGACAAUAAUCCAUUUGGGCCCUUAUGGGUAGGUAGCUUAGACAUGAGUGUGUCAGACCAAGGUUUGCUCCCUAAACUAAACCUAAAACAACAACAUUUUGGUACUUCACCAAUAGGCCACCACACUCCCUCUAGCUGGCUCCACCAUGCAAGCCUUGGGUUCCAGGCAGUCAAAGAUGUGAUGCGUAGCAUGUAUAGGUUGCUGGUUACAUCAUUUUCUUUCUGUUCUGUGGUGUAUCUUUGUUGGUACUUUUUUUGUUGAUUUCCAUAAGGGGCCUAAGAACACAGAUACGGGAGCUGCUUUUCCACAUGAGUGGUUGGCCCCUCCAUAAAGAGGCAGACUACUGAAACAUUCCACCAUAGGGAGAAUCUGGCAUCCAUACUGCACACCCUACAGUCUCCAUAGCUCUCUGAUCUGAUGAUCUGAUGACAUUUUUGGACCUUUCUUUCUUCCCACCAAAGAAAUUCAACAUGUUGACGAUGUACAGUACAAACACAAAUAAUCCCCAUGUGGUCUGGCAAUAACUUCUGGUCCAAACAAGUACCUUUACAGCACAUUGAGUGUGCUUUGAGGGCUAUUGAUGGGUUUUAAGCAAAUGUUAGUGUGUGAGGUGUACAGAUACUACAGUAGAACGCCAGUAUGGGCACAACACACACAUACAUGAAUGAUUCAAGUUGCCAUAAUAUCUUAAGCUAUUUGACUGCCAAUUGCAGUCCACCAUUCUCAAACAUUUAUGAUUUGAAGAAAAUAUGUUUUAGAUCUGUCACUCGUUACCCCCUAAAUGUUCCAUUACCCCCUAAUGUUCGUUACCCCCUAAAUGUUCCAUUACCCCCUAAUGUUCGUUACCCCCUAAAUGUUCCAUUACCCCCUAAUGCUCGUUACCCCCUAAAUGUUCCAUUACCCCCUAAUGUUCGUUACCACCUAAAUGUUCCAUUACCCCCUAAUGUUCGUUACCCCCUAAAUGUUCCAUUACCCCCUAAUGUUCGUUACCCCCUAAAUGUUCCAAUGUUGAAUCUCAAACUUCUCUCUGAAUUGUUUUACAUGUAAGUGUUUUUUACGUUGUUAAAGUUAUAUUUUAGCUUUAUUAAUGUUGUAAGCAGAUUCGUUUGUAAAAAACAAAAACAUGUUAUAAGUUAGUGCGCCAUGGAAUUACCUAUAGAGUGAAAUAAAAAACAAAAACAUGUUAUAAGUUAGUGCGCCAUGGAAUUACCUAUAGAGUGAAAUAAAAAACAAAAAAUACCUUUAAUAUAAUGGCCACUAGCACAAAAUGAAUAUAAUAUGUGACCUGCUUCAUCUGAAAUGCUUAUAUAUUUCUGCUUGAGUGAUCAUUCGUUUAAGUAAAGAUUUGAGUUCUACAUUGGCGCUUGCAACGCCAGGGUUGUGGGUUAGAUUCCCGGGGCCACGCAUACGUAAAAAUGUAUGACUGUAAGUCGCUUUGGAUACAAGUGUCUGCUAAAUGGCAUAUAUUAUUAUUACAAAAAAUGUGUUGCCGUGCAAGAUGCAAUAAGUCUGAUUCCAGCUAAAACAACUUGACUCAACAUAAAUUCAUAGAAAAAUGAAAAAUGUUUCUUCCAAUAUGGGGUUUUCAAAUAUUAUUUAUUUGAUUUUAUUAAAACAUUUUCAAGUAUAAUCUAUAUUUAGCAAUAUACGAGAAGCCCUUUGGACCCUACACUCAAUUUUGUUUCAAUGGACUUGCUAUAUUUGGAAUGAAAUAACAUUUUAAUGUGUAAAAUAUUUUAGCGUCGUACCACGUUGUUUAACAUGUUAUGUGUUUUAUGGAAAAUAUGAUUUAGAAUGUGAGCAUCAACGUAGAUCCUUACAAUUACCAAAAUAUGGUCUUCUUGUGCUAAUGAAGUUUGUUUACUUUGAACAUCAUCUCUCCCGUGCUACAGUAGCCAUUUCAAUGUUAGAAUAAUGCCUUCCAAAUAACUAAACCAUACCCUUUAAGGUGUGGUUUCAAUUAAAGAGAGCUGUGUAAAGCGGUCUUUUGCUGAAGCCUGGUAUUUUUACAACUUUGUUGUUCUUGAAAUACUUGCGCUACACAAGAAGUGUUCAGCUUCCAACUUUUCCCAGAGUGUGAUUGCGAGUGCUCUUUCUGGAUCCUUGUAUGAAAUAUUGUGAAACAUUCCUGAAGGAAUGGCACACAUUGCCAGUUAGUCUUCUCAGGUCAAACCCCUCUGAAGUGACUUGAAUCAUUUUACCACCUUACCAGAAUAGAAUAAUCACACAACCUCUCCUCCCCUUCAUGAGAGCUUUGCAAAGUACACUCUCCCAAAGAAGCAGGGAGGUAGGAAAAGUACUUGUUUUACGAUUAUUUAUUUUAUAUGCAUCACUGAAACUCUGUAACCCAGUAAUAACACAUUUUAAAGCCCUUCUGUAUGAGUAUUGAUGUGUCUGUGUUUGUAUGUUUGUCAAGGGAAUCACCCCCUGCAUUAGGUUUUUUAUUUGGGGAUUCAGGCCGCAGCGGUCAAGGGUUUGAUGCCCCCAUUAAUGGAAUACGUCAAAUGUUGUCAUUUGGACAGUUUUUUUAAACAUGUACUUAAGAACCAACAUGUCAUAUUUUCUACCCUCUUGCUAAAGACAUGCUAGAAGUCUCAUUUUCCUAUUAUGCACACAUUUUGAAACAAUUUGGUUUAGAAAAUGUAUUGUUUAGCUAUUUCUUGCCAGCUCAAACCGCAAAUGAGCAUUGUACUAAUGUCCUUGAGCAGAUGGGUUAUUGCCUAAUGAAUUCCCAUUGAUAAAUCCCAAUAAAACCUUGUUUCUCCAUAGAUGACAGAGGGACAAGGGAUAUAACAGUAAACUGCUGUAACUGUCAUACUGUACUGUAGUCAUUUUGCAGUAAUAUUGAUUUUGAUUUUGUACUUGGAACAACUGCAUUCACAAUGAAAUGGGUUAAAAACAAUGAUAUUUUUGUACAAAGUAUCAAACCCUAAGUUAGCAUCAAACCCUGUCCUUGUUGUGUGUCCAUUGCUGUAUGUUUUUUCAAUGGUGUUGAAAUCUCAUUGUUGUUCAGGCUAUUAUGUGCUGCAGUAUUUCCUAGUAUACUUCUUUGUUAAUUGUCUCUCUCAUUUACAUUUAUUGGGGAUUUUUUUUAAGUACGUUUGUUGUCUCCUUAAUAUCUGUUGAUAUAGCUUUAUAUGUACCAUAUUCCUUAGAAUAAUAUUAUUGAGUAUGUUGUGAGAACGGAUAUUUUACUGGCUUUAUAGAAUGUUUAAAGAAAUAUAAUAGUGAGAAUAAGAAGAAUGAUUAAUUGAACUCCUAACAAGUUGAGUACUUUACUAAGCGUUUGUGUUACCAUUAAGAUGUUUUGUGCUUCUCUUAAUCAUUUUCGUUGUAGAAAAAUUGAGUGAAUUUAAAAUAGGCUUCAAAAAAACAAAUGAUAGCAUUGUACAUUGACAGGAGGAUUUUAAUUGACAACUUGGUCAUAGAAGAAAAUACUUAUUUUAAUUGCCCUCUUUACUAACUGUAGGGUGAAGGGGCUGGCAUUGUGGUGAACUAUGUUCUAGCUUGUUAUUCACUGUUACUUUUGAUCAUUUCUUCGGUCUCCGAGGUGAAUCGAGUUAUUCAUGAGAAUUUGUAUGCUCACAUAUGCAUAUUGUAUAUGUGUAGAAAUGUAAUCACACUUUGUCUUGGAUUUACAUUAAACUGUUAAGUCACGGCACCAGUC